CCUGCGUUUGUUGGGACGCACCGGCCGACGCUUCUCUGCGGACCUGAUUCUUUCAGGGAAAGGGCGGUUGAGUGGCCUCCAUUGUUCAGGAUUAAGCGGGCCAUGAGGGGUGACAGAGGACGUGGUCGUGGAGGGCGCUUUGGUUCCAGAGGAGGGCCUGGAGGAGGGUUCAGGCCUUUUGUGCCCCAUAUCCCUUUUGAUUUCUAUUUGUGUGAAAUGGCUUUUCCUCGCGUCAAGCCUGCACCCGAUGAAACAUCCUUCAGCGAAGCUUUGCUGAAGAGGAAUCAGGACCUUGCCCCCAAUUCUGCGGAGCAGGCUUCUAUCCUUUCUUUGGUGACAAAAAUAAACAAUGUGAUUGACAACUUGAUUGUGGCUCCAGGGACAUUUGAAGUGCAAAUUGAAGAAGUCCGACAGGUCGGAUCCUAUAAAAAGGGGACAAUGACUACAGGACACAAUGUGGCUGACUUGGUGGUUAUACUAAAGAUCCUGCCAACAUUGGAAGCUGUUGCUGCCCUGGGGAACAAGGUUGUGGAAAGCCUGAGAGCCCAGGACCCCUCAGAAGUUUUGACCAUGCUGACUAAUGAAACUGGCUUUGAAAUCAGCUCUUCUGAUGCUACAGUGAAAAUUCUCAUUACAACAGUCCCGCCCAAUCUCCGGAAACUGGACCCGGAACUCCAUUUGGACAUCAAGGUGUUGCAGAGCGCCUUAGCAGCCAUCCGGCAUGCCCGCUGGUUUGAAGAAAAUGCUUCUCAGUCCACAGUUAAAGUUCUCAUCAGGUUGCUAAAGGACUUGAGGAUUCGUUUUCCUGGCUUCGAGCCUCUUACACCCUGGAUCCUUGACCUACUUGGACACUAUGCUGUGAUGAAUAACCCUACCAGACAGCCUUUGGCCCUAAAUGUGGCAUACAGGCGUUGCUUGCAGAUUCUGGCUGCAGGACUGUUCCUGCCAGGGUCAGUGGGUAUCACUGACCCCUGUGAGAGUGGCAACUUCAGAGUACACACAGUCAUGACCCUGGAACAACAGGACAUGGUGUGCUACACAGCUCAGACUCUGGUUCGAAUUCUCUCCCAUGGAGGCUUUAGGAAGAUUCUUGGCCAGGAGGGGGAUGCCAGCUAUCUUGCUUCUGAAAUAUCUACCUGGGAUGGGGUCAUUGUGACACCUUCAGAAAAGGCUUAUGAGAAGCCGCCUGAGAAGAAGGAGGGGGAAGAAGAGGAGGAAAACACAGAAGAGCCACCUCAAGGGGAAGAAGAAGAAAGUAUGGAGACUCAGGAGUGAACUCCCCUUUACUCCUUGCUGCCCAAGGGAAGAUGGGGCUAAACCAGCUGCCAUGGGCUUUAUUUUAUUUUAUUUUAUUUUAUUUUAUUUUUUUGAGACAGGGUUUCUCUGUAAUUUUGGAGCCUGUCCUGGAACU